UGAGAGAAGUUUAUGCACUAGCCUUCUUACCUGACCAUCCGGUGUAUUUUACACGGAGUUACCUGCUAGCACAUUGUUUAAACAGUCUAGCCACCGAGCAUUUCAUCGUUUUUGAAUUGCCACAUUUGAUACUGCCAAAGUAGAGUCUCUCUGGAUUAUUACUGUCUCGGAGACCAAAAUUUGCAAGUGGUCGUCUACCUUUUUACUACUUGUUUCGUGAGUACAUUUCUUAGCCCCCUGUGGACACGACAGAGAACAAUAUCAGAUAAGAGCAAUAGCAAUGCAUACUGUGAACUGUGUCGUUAACACUUUCAUGUACUGGUGGUAGCCUGGCUUGUUGAAGAAAGAGUGAAGAAGCUCCGCAAAACUACUACUGUCUGCUGGCCAAUGAGGCAACAGCGGGGCGGAGAGCCGUCUGCAAUUGUACUACAGGACUGCAGGCAGCUGCAUGAAGCUAGCAUCUUCAAUUCUCCAUAAGCGUCUCGCUCAUCUGGUCAAUGGAUUACACAGUUUCCCUUCAAGUUCAACAUCAGCUGACAGUGUUUCCAACGCACUUGUACCAGGGUUACAGUUUGGAGUUACAGGAUGUCAAUGAGGAGGCGGCUGGGAUGGAGAAUCUCUCAGAGGAUGGGUUAACUAAAGCCUUAUGUAUGAAGUCGACAGAAGUGGACCAGAGUCUCUUCACAGACAGCUACUGCAAGGUGUGCAGCGCACAGCUCAUUUCCGAGUCCCAGAGGGUUGCCCAUUAUGAGAGCCGAAAACAUGCGAAUAAAGUCCGACUGUACUACAUGUUGCACCCGGUGGAUGGAGGUUGCCCAGCUAAGAAGCUCAGAACAGACAACGGAAGCGAGGACGGCGACGUUGACAAGAACAAGUGUUGCACUCUGUGCAACAUGUCCUUCACCUCGGCCGUGGUAGCACAGUCCCAUUACCAGGGAAAGAUCCACGCCAAGAGACUAAAACUGCUACUGGGGGAGCAGCCUGCCAUCACAGCCAAAGAGGUGCCACCGAGUCCUGUGAAGACCCCCUCGGAAGCCUCGCCAAUGGCCUCGCCCCGGCAGCGCCGAGACUCGGACCGCUACUGCCAGCUAUGCAACGCGUGGUUCAACAACCCUGGCAUGGCCCAACAGCACUACGACGGCAAGAAGCACAAGAAGAACGCCGCCCGCGCUGACCUCCUGGAGCAGCUGGGCAAGACCCUGGACAUGGGAGAGAUGAAAGGUCUCAAGCGCAGCUACACCUGUGAUGUCUGCACCGUAACGCUGAACUCGGUGGCGCAGUACCACGCGCAUCUGCAGGGCUCCAAGCACCAAAACAACCUAAAGAAUCAGUUGUGUGUCCAGUGAAUCUAGACAAGAACCAACGAUUGGAUUGAUGUCAGACAAGCUGUGGUCGGCUUGCCCCGCUGUUCCUGCCUCUUCCUAUAUCUCUGAUAUUCUUUUCAUCUUUUCAUUCUCUCUGUCUCUGUCUAUCUUUCACCCUCUCUCUCUCUCUCUCUCUCUCUCUCUCUCUCUCUCACUAACUACAGACACAUGUGCACAUCUCUUUCUAUUAUACAUUUGUCUAUUUAUGAUCAUACCAGUGCAGAGAAUGGAAGGAUUCUCAUUUCCAUUUAAUCAGCUCUCUUCGUUCACUGCAGUCUCCCCUCCAUUCCUCAGAUGCAGUAUUCAUUAUGACUCCCAGAUACUCAGCAAUAUAUUCAUUGCCCUGCAUUCUACAGAGGAAAGGGCAUGCAAGACUACCUAAAUGUCACUGUAAGGGUGAAUUGAUAAAUUGUAUGGUACCUCCAUUCCAAUCUAUCACUACACAUUUGCCAUUUUCCAUACUUAUUAUUUUGCACUAUAAUGGGUUUGGCAAUAUGUGUACGUAUUUUCGUAUUUCAAACUUUUUUCAGUUUUUAUUUCUUUGUACUGUGUUUGACUGAAAUAUGGGAGGAUCAACACAAACAGUACAUCAACAUGCACAACACAUAGUUACCAUCUUAACCACACAAAUAUACAGUAGCAUUUCAGCCACCACUUCCAACAUCAAGUUAUUUGAAUAUUAGGAGAUAAUCUGUUUAAUUUGAGCUGCUAAAUGUUUGCUUAAAGAUGUGCUACUGGGUAUUGCAGAUUGCACUGUAGAGACAGAUACGAAUUACUGCACUCAAUGGCGAUAAUUAGUAUUUGGGCUGUAAUAAUUGAUUUCUGAUGGAAUAAUAUUUCAGCUCAGUUCAGCAGUUAGAAGAGUGUGACAAAACUGCAAAUUACCAGGCACUCUGAAAUGCAAUAUGACAUAACUGAGAGAUGAGGAGAUGAAAGCAGUUUGACUGUGGGAAGGGUUCCUUUUUUCUAUUUUUUUCUUUUUCUUUUUGGGGGUUUUGCAAUACAUCUAAGGGAUCUUGUUUUCCUGCUCCUUGAUCUUGGACCAACAGACCACCAAAAUCUACAGUGACUAAUGACUUUAGGUUAUGCUCGCCAUCCGCUGUUUGUCUCAGGGAGGUUCCUUUGGUUAACAAGGACAUUUUUCUGUGCCGAUUCGAAAUUCACAUGCAAUGCUUGUGUGACUUCUAAAGAGCAGUCAUAUUCGAGCAAAGCAUUGUGGAAAAAGUAAGCGUUCCAAUUUUUUUUUCAAUGCCUCUGCAAGUGUUAUAUCUGUAAAAAAAGAGAGUUAGCAGAAAAUGCAUUUGUCAAACACAUAGUCUUUAAAGCCACCACUGUAAAACCAACGUCUUUUACUACAAAGUCAAGGCACACGGAGCAAAAAGUGAAACUAUUAAUCGUUGUUUUAAUAGGCAUUUGUAUGUGAAGAGAAUUAUCAGAGUAUUUAUGUUUGCAAAUGAAGAUAUAUACUGUACUUAGAGGAUACAUUUAUUUAUUUUGCUGGAUUCACAUAAAAGUUACAGGUAGCAACUGCCUUUUCAUGUGUACUAUAUUUGAAGUAUGGUGUGAUUUUAAUUCUGAUUUAUUUAUUUGUUUCUAUGUUUGGGAAGAUAUCACACACACACAUUACUAUGAUGGGCAUUGUCUUUUUACCAUUUUCUCUUCCCUAGCUUUAAAGGACUAAUUUUCUUAAGCAUCAACCUGACGUGUUUAUAGGGAACAGAGAGUGAGAUUCACCUACAGUUUAUAGGCAACAUUCAUCUACCGUUCAUCUACAGCCAUCCAUUCCCAUCCGUGAUCCACUGAAAACCAUCUGAACAACCCAGAACCAGGGACCUUUUCUGAUGGCCUCAGUCAAAAACUCAAUGUAUAUACUGUUUUUAAAAAGUACUCGAAGUGCACGAAUCAGUUUGUUGAUGUACUGCAACUGUCAAUUCAGUGUAUGACUUUUACUACCUGAAGGGGCCAAAUUCGAAGAGGUGGAUUCUCACACAAAUGUAUAUGUACUGGCCAGGCAAAACACAGAAAGAAAGAAAAAAAAAGAUGAAUUCACAUGUGUCUCACAUUUCUAGUGACCUUAUUUCAUGUUGUGGCGCAUUUUUGCUGUGGCUUGGCCAGGAUUUUUUUUGUUUUUUUGUUUGUCUUGGCAUCGCAUUAGAACUAGGGACUUUCUCCAUUGACACAGAGGAAGACCAUCCCUCCUGCCACCCUCCCCUCUUCUUUGUGCUCUGGGUUAUGUCUAAUGUGUCCUCUGGAAAAAUAAAAGACAUUUGCAACCCG